AUGUCACAAGAACCUUCAGGGUCACAACAAAAGUGAGUUUUUUUCUCUCCACAAAUUUUUCCCCAAAAUUCUGAAUUUUCAGACGUCGACAACAUAAGGUCGAGAGAGCUUCAUUAUCCGAAGUCAAACAUUUUCUGUGCUAUUUUUGCGGCGAUUUUUUCCCGAAUCUUUUGGACUAUCAAAAACAUAUUUUGAAUCAUCAAUUAUAUGCGUACAGUUAUCAAAUAUGGCAUGGAAGGCACAAUGAGAAGAAUCGCAAGAAGCGUCAAAUCGAAAAAUCGGAACAAGUUACACCUUCUGUAUCACCACAGCCAACUUCAGCUGGGGAUAAAGAAGGUGAGGAUUUGGGGAUUUUUAGGAUAAAAGUUUGUGGGGAAUUUUUUAAAGUCUUGUUGAAUUUCAGCAAUAAAUUUUCAAUUUGAAUUCCAUUCACUGAUAAUUUCAGAAACUGUUCUGAAAGCAGGAAGUUUUUAAAAUUGGGUGAUUUUGAAGAAAUUACUGUCAAAAUUAUUUUCCGGAAAAUCAAAAAAUAUCGGAAGAUAUAUUUUGUAAUCAAAAAAUUCCAAAGUUCUUCUAACUCUUCCAAAUUUUCAUAUUUGCAGCAGAUCAAAAAAGAAGAAACUGUUCCAAUUGCUCCAAAGAAACGAGAAAAUUCCGGAUCUUUGUCGCCAAAAACUGUGAAAAGAAGAAAAACCACAAGUCGAGAAGACAAAGAUGAACAACAAAUAAGUCCACCCGAGCCAAAGAAACUUAUCUUGCUGAAUGUUGGCAAUCGGCCUCGCUCUCAAUUGACAGAAUCCGCCCCAAGAGCUUGUGAUAUUUGUUCAUACAGGUGCAAUAAAUUCAGCAGUAUAAUUGCUCAUCGUAAGAGAAUUUGAAAAAUAAAUUUCCGGAAAUAAAGUAAAGUUUUUUGCAGAAAUUGAAGUUCAUCAAGCCGAUUUCGAUCGAAUCACAAUGUUUCUUUAUGUUGGGGACUACAUGCAGGUCAAGAAAGUGUCUCCGCCUGGAGUCGGUUGUCCAAAAUGCAAGGUCAAGUUUAUUAAUGCUUGCCAGUGAGUUUUUUCCAACUUUUGCGAUGAAAAUUAUGGUUUCUAAAAGCGUUAGCUAUUCCAAAACUGUAAAUCUCAACUCUGAAAUGAGUAAAAUCGUGAUUUCAUCAGAUUUUGAUGAAAAUCAUUUUUCGAACUUUUGCCACGUCAUAACUCAUUUAAGAGUUGAGAUUUGCGCGCUCUUUUUCAACCCUAUCCAUGUUUUUUUGCAGAUAUUAUCUUCAUCUUCUGUCUAAACAUGUUGGCGAUGUUGCUCAGCAACUCGCUGGAAAGUAAGUUAUUAUAACUUCCAUUUUUACCUUCUUCAAUCUUCUUUUUCUCCAGAUUCGAAGAUGUUGACAAUCAAGAUACUGAAGUUAUCUUAAAUCGCCCAGAUAAACCACAAAUCACCUACACGUAUAAUUUAACUCUCUAA